GCUUUACCCACUAAAAUUAUUGUAAUAAUUUAGUUUGCUCUGAAUCCUUGUCUUGGUACGAUUUGAGCUUCAGGAGGUGGCAUUUUGAUAAGCCUUGUCCAUCCAUUGCGAAUCUGAUCAGUUCGGUAAUUUCUAGUUCGAAUAAAAUUCAUGAUACUUUCAUAAAAAAUAAGUUUGAGCAAGGCCAAGCUUUGAUCAAUAUGAGUAUGGUCGCUUCAUGAGGACCUCUCGGCUUGAUCUGCAGUCUUGGGUGUAAACAUCACGCUUAUUGUUAACAUUUGGAAAGAAGGAAUCGUGCAAUAGAAAUACUUCAUAAAAAGUGUUACUUAGUUUAAUAGCAAUCUCUUCCACAACAAAAUUUUGGCUGAAAGAGAGCCUUGGAGACCAAUUUUAUUAUGAGCAAAGAGGAUGAAAGCGUAUGGAGAAUACUCUUAAGUACCAAAUCAUCAGACUCUUAUGUAUUGUUGCUCUCGACAACUAAAUUAACUGACCAGCUCAUAGAUGAAUCGAACACAGUGUAUAAUACGAAUUUAGGUUAGCAGCUAAUUCUCCAUAAUUUUAAAGAAGCUUUAGAAUUUUUCUGAAAAUGAAAUUAGAUUUGAAAAUACCAAGUUUAAUUAUUUCCGACUUAAAGUCUUCUGAAUGCAUCACUUUGGCAUUAUGACCCUGAUUUAGAUAUUCAGGUUUUGUUAAUACUUCCUUACUUAUGCAUUUGUUAUUUGAGAAUUUGAACCCCAAAUCAUGGAAGACCUUGUAUAUACCCUUCAACACAAAUAUUAGGCUACAUAUUUGUAUGCGAAGGAGCUUCUCACAAUUCUUUGCUAAUAAAUUAGUUAUCGAAUAUGGAAAAAUCGACAUUUUUAAUAAUGCUAUAAAUUUAGUUAAGUUAACUAAUCAGGGCAAAUAUACAAACUUGUACUGAGUUUAAUUAAGUCUCGAUAAGAUUGGGAUAACCUCAGCUGAUUCUGCAUCUUUUCGAAUAUGUUGCAAAUUAUAAAGUAAAUUUUAGAUUCAUGCUAACAAAAGUAGAGUCUCGUUAUAUUCUAAAUCAUAGCUUCUACCAAGUCUCAUAUUUGAAGAGUCUCUCAAAUGCCUUUUUGUGAUGCUUUGAUUCAAUAUAUUAGCUCUGGAUGUGUUGUAUUAGAAGUAAAAACGUCCACAUUUCAUUCUUGCACUGUCUGGUAGAGUAGAUUUAUCUCAGAAAGAGUUUAAUGGGAGAACGAGCUUAACACCAUUUUGUAUAAACUACUAAUU